AAAACCAUGGCCGAUAAUCGGCAACUUGCCACAUAUGAGCACUAUGCCUCACCAAGGCUUAGCCGCAAUGGCCAAAGUUUACGGCCCUCUCAUGCACCUUAAGUUAGGGUCCGUGGAUGUUGUGGUGGCGGCGUCGGCCUCCGUGGCUUCUCAGUUCUUGAAAGUCCAUGACUCUUAACUUUUCGAGCCGGCCGCCGAACGCUGGUGCCAAAUAUGUGGCGUAUAACUAUAAGGACCUUGCGUUUGCACCGUAUGGGCCGAGGUGGCGACUAUUACUUAAAAUUUGCUAUGUUCAUUUAUUCUCCGGCAAGGCUUUGGAUGACUUCAGACACGUUCGACAGGAGGAGACAAAAGUGCUUGUACGAGCUUUGGCAAGUGCAACAACAAAGUUGGAUUUAGGCCAACUUUUGCACGUAUGCAAUGUGAAUGCUCUGGGGCGAGUCAUGAUGGGGCAAAGGGUGUUCGGAGACGGCAGCGGGGGCGCCGAUCCACAGGCGGACGAGUUCAAGUCGAUGGUGGUGGAGCUGAUUAAUAUCGAGUAA